GCGUACCGCAGUGUCACGUGACCGUACAGAGUUACUUCACGGAAGUGAAUGGAGUGGCGGUGCAGUAUGUGGCCUCGCAUUACCUGUUAACGACCCUGUUUUCAAGCUCUCACUUUGUCUUUUGUUUGUGGAAAAUCGCUUUAAAUAUGUACAGUAUUUGAGUCUCAGCGGAGGAACUAUGCAGAGUGUCGGCUGCUCUCAGAGACAUUAGGCAUGAAGUGCCUUCUGAUUGCCACCGAAAGUGCUGAGGUCCUUUUCUACUGGACUGACCAAGAGUUUGAGCAGAAUAUAAAGAAGCAGUAUGGGACACCACAAGAGGAGAGUGGAAGACCUCCAGCCUUUGCGGAUAGCAUCAACACAUUGUUUGCUCCAAUCAUCAUCUCGUGUAGCACUAUGGUUGACCGUCUGGGUGACGGCUACACUUCUUUCAGUACAGAAAACGGUCAUAUCUAUGCACUACAUCAGUUUGAAGAAUGUCUGUAUAUUGCUGUAAAUGGAGAUGGUGAGGAGUCUGAUGAGGAUCUAAAGAGGAAGAUCUUUGUAAUGAAGAAGUUUACAGAGAUCCUGUUUGGCAUGGUGACACUCAGCAGCACCCUUUUAAGGAAAGAAUUGCGGCCCUCAGACACAGAGCAGAGAAACCGUGUAUGGAAGAAGCUGCAGAGUCUCCUUGAAACGUACAGCCGUUUACGAGAACAGGACCAAAGUUUUCUCGUUGAGGCGGUUGAGAGAUUGAUCCACCCCACACUUUGUGAGCAGUGCAUUGAGUUUUUGGAGCGGAAACUGGUUCUGCAAAUGAACAACAGCACUGAAAGAGGGGGGGAGGAGGUGCUGCAUGCCUUCAUCCUGGUGCAUACCAAGUUAUUAGCUUUCUACUCGAGUCGUAAUGCCAGCACUCUUAGCUCUUCUGACCUGCUGGCAUUGAUCAUUAUUGUGCAGGACCUUUAUCCCAGCAACCUUGAGGUUGAUGAAACUCCUUCUGAGGAUGUGGACAAUAUUUCAGCACCUGAAGUUUUCUAUACUCCGGAGCCUUCACCCAACGAACGAGACUCAGGUCAUCUGAGUAGUGACAGUGCUCCUGUUUUCCAGUUUGUAGAUCCUGAUAUUCAGAUGGCUGAAGACAGUCUAAAGACUCUUCAGCUACACGUCCCUGAUCCUAUGACUCCAACAAGAGUAUUUCUUGAAGCAACAUUUAAGGAAGGCUUCUUUCCCAUGAUGCCUCACUCCAUGUACUGUUUACCUCUUUGGCCUGGCAUUACUUUAGUGCUGCUGACCAAGAUUCCUAACAGCCAGGUGGCCAUGUCUGUCUAUGUGUUACUGGAAGCUUUUGCUAAGCUGGAGAAGAGGCUGAGUGAAGGGUUGGAGGGGACAGUGGCCUUACGCAGUCAAUCCCCAAUUCAGGAACUCCGCACCAAAGUCGACAAGUUUAUCAGAAUGCUGGCCAGCAUGGAAAUCCUGACCCUGCAACUACAGAACACCUGGUCAGAGUUCAAGAACAAGGCUUUUACCCGGUCAGGACCCGGCAUCACAAAAGCGCUGGUUCCUUCAUGCCGUAGCAUUAGGACUCAGCUGUGCAGUGUGUACCAGCAGUGUUUUGCAGCUGCAUGUAUGGGCAGAAAUCAGUGUCUUGCCACUAUACUUCAAGAAAAGGCGCUGAACAUGGUGCAAGAAAAGCUGAUAGACUGGAAGGACUUUCUUUUGGUGAAAAGCAAGAGAAAUAUAACCAUGGUGUCAUACCUGGAGGAAUUCCCUGGUCUUGUGCAUUUCAUUUACGUGGAUCGCACUUCAGGACAAAUGAUCGCGCCGUCUCUCAGUGUGACCGAGGGCUCUGCUUCAGAGCUGGGAAUAGGCCCCAUAGCUCACUUUCUUAAAAACAAGCUGUGGAGUCUUGUGGCAACAACAAGGCAUUAUUUGCAGAAAGGCUACACCACUGUGACUCUACGAGAUGGGGACUUCUACUUCUGCUACUUCCUCUGGUUUGAGAAUGAAACAGGUUACAAGCUAGAGGUGGUGGAUAUUCCUAAGCUUCCUGAUGACUCGCCUCCGAUAGGAAUGCUUGCCUGGGAUUACUACAGGAAGCUGCUGCGCUACUACAGUAAGAGUCACCAGAAUGAGCUGGUAAAGUGUUAUGAGCUGCUGACCGUGCACCUCGGCGUUGUCCCCACUGAGUAUAUCCUGCAGCAUUGCAGCCAGCUGGCCCGUAAGCUCUGGGAGCCAUCGCGGAUUCCGCUCUUAUGAACUCUUAGGUGCUUUCUGGGUGCAUGCGUGAGCUUUAUCGUAGCCGUUUAUUUCACAACUGCUGGAAUACUCUACACUGAGCCAAGGAGCAUUCUCCUGUGCAAUAACCUCUCUGCUGUGCCCAUCUUGAAAUGAGGAUGCUUGUUCCUACACUGCUUUUAGACAAUAAUGGCCAAGUUUUAUUAAAAAAAAUGUUGCUUAGUGUUGAUUGGUCAAGAACAAGCCUCUUUUUAGAUUAUUGCACUAUAGUGUUUUAAACAGAAAAUGUAGUAUGAUGUUCAUAUUUUGCUAUUGUUGAAAUAAAUACUUAACCUACUGCA